AUGCCUGACUCAUCACAUUCAAUAAGUUCAAAAGAUAUUGCAUCUGCUAUCUCUCUCUAUGAUCAAUCCAUUUACACUAAUAAUAGGUCUGCUAACCUGGACUUAGACCAGAGAUCAAUGAGCCCUUCCAAUAUUGCUUACGGUGAAGAUAGGAUAACAAGAACGAACUCGGGUUGUUCCAUCACAUCAGGCGCCUCAAUGAUUGCCACAAAGGAUGGUAUUCAGGGGAGUAAUGUCAAAAGAGACGGGAUUCCGAAAUAUUCACUUAAUUUAUUAAACUCCAUGGUUCGAAAACAAUACGAUCACAAUAAUGGAACAAAGUCUCCUACUUCAAAGACUAACAAUAUGGUUGACCCAAAGAACAAAAAGAAGGACAAAAAAAAGAAGAACGACAAGGAUGAUGAAUUUAAGGUGGCCCAUAAUCAGAGCAAAAAGUUCUACAAACUCAACACCACUUCCAACUCUAAUCUUACCUCUGAUUCUACGACUUCAUUAUCGGACCAGUUUUAUUUCCAGAAAAGUAACGCUGAUUCUGCUCCGUUGGACAAUGCAAAUUACCCCCACUCCGAUCAUUCCCCUUCUCUAAACUCUAUGGAUAAUACUACAAAGCAUAGCAGUAACGUGCACACUUGA